AUGAUCACGGUCUGCACGACGUUGAACGGACGCGCGGCGUCUAACGGUGUGGUGUCUCGCGAUUGCUUCGAUCGGCGUCGAUGCGUCUUCGUACGCGCGCGCGAGCGAACGAAGGAGCGCUCGGGGAUGGCACGCGCGACGACGCGUGUAGUGGUCGCGCGCGCGUCGCGUCGAGAGCGCGAGGGUGGUUUCGAUGCGCACACGAAGCGAGCGUUGAGUUUCGCGAGCGGGACGACGGUUCGAGCUGAAGAUAACCGCGCUGUGGAAUCUUCCAAGAUUGAGAACGAGGCGUCGCCGGUGAAACGAUGGGUGAGAUUAUUUAGGACAUGGGCGCUCGCUUUGGCGUUCGCGAUCGGGACGACGAUGGUAGUGCCUGGCGGUGCGCUCGCGGCGCGAAGCGGCGGACGCAUGGGUGGCGGAUCGUUCCGCGCAGCGAGCUCGUUCCGGUCUAUCGGAAGCGGGCCUACGAGCAUGUCAUCGUUUCGGUCAGUGAAUGCACCGAGCGCGACCACGGGGGCGAUGCCGAUGCGCACGUCGGGAUUCUUCAUCGGUCCCGGGUUGGGGAUGGGGUACGGGAUGGGAUACGGCAUGGGCGGCGGAUUCUUCAACAUAAUCAUGCUCAUGAUGUUCGCCUCGUUCAUCUCUACCGCGUUGCAGCAGAUGAACGGGGGUGGGGAUGGUCUGGUCUCGGGUGGGGAUUCGAUCACCGUGGUGAAGAUUCAGGUCGGUUUGCUCGGCACCGCGCGGUCGCUCCAGCGAGACUUGGAGCGCAUCGCCGACCGUGCAGAUACGUCGGCGCCUGAUGGCUUACAUUACGUCUUACAAGAAACCGUCUUGGCGCUCUUAAGAAACCCAGAGUACGCCAUCUACGGAUUUGCAAAGUCCAAGGUCUGUCGCGGUCCCGAGCAGGCGGAAGAGCUCUUCAACGACCUCGCUCUCGAUGAGCGCGGUAAAUUCGAGCAGGAGACUUUGGUCAACGUCAAUAACCGAAAGAAGGCCACGACCGCGGGUUCCGUCCCCGGCGCGGACACGAACGAUUACAUUCUCGUCACCAUCAUCGCUGCGUGUGACGGCGGAGUGAAAAUGCCCGAAAUCACCGACGCUUUGGACAUGAAAACGGCGCUCAAGCGUCUCGGCGCCGUCCGCGUCGACGCCCUCCAAGCCGUCGAGGUCUUAUGGACCCCGCAAGAGGACGGCGACGUCUUGACCCAAACCGAGCUCCUUCGCGAUUACCCAAUCCUAGUCAAUCUUUAA